CCGUGCAAGAACGUCACCUCAUCAUCAUCAGCACUCUGCUCUGCUGGGACCGCCGUCCUGCUCCCCACAGCAAGCGCUUGUUUUCUGUGAUUGACUUGAACGCCUCACACUACGGGAGACGAUAAGGGAGACAAUAGCCCGCCGGUUGCGUGGGGAGAGCGAAGAACCCGCCGUGGGCGAAUGAGGAGACCUUGUCCGAGAGGAAGGAGACGGAGUGCCCGCCUGACUUUACUUCCAAACCAGCGUUGACGCUGUUUUGAUGCAGCCGCUUAGCUAACAGGCUAACUGGGAAUGUUUUCAGAAAUUAGCCGCACUGUUAGCUCGCUAGCUAGCUGAAUCGGAUUGAGCUGUACAGAUUUGUGCGAACACUUGUAAUGAUGUUUUUACCCGUCGUCGCAUUAAGUGGAAGAGCCGUGGAGUUGUCUCGAGCCGGGUACGUUGAAUGUUUGCGUCCGCGGUGCCCGCUCGGUUGCUAGUCUCCACAAGGGACAAUAGUUAAACUGCCGAGGCAACAAGUCGGGGACACACUACAGCCGUAACUUACAGCCGUAAGUUAGCAACUUACUCAAGUGGGCAAUGUUGUUUCCGCUCACUAGAAUCUAAACAUAAACACCGGGACUCUGUGGGCAAAGUCUUGGUGGUUAUACAAAGGACAGUGGGGGGGGCACUUUCACGUUAGAUCCCCAUUUCUAAGUGGAUCGAGUCGCCCUCGUCAAAGGAGAAAGUGACUGCCAGGUAGUCAGUUCGCAACUAUUGACGAGGGGGGCGAGGCGGACAAACACCACAAAUCGCCCACAUGCUUUGGAUCAGUUCCCGGACUUGUGAAAGGCAUCUGAAGCAGAAGGUGGGAGAAGCGAGCGCGCAGCCGUUGCAGCCCGUGGGAAGAUGGCGGAGCGCUCCCGCAGGAGGUGGUGAAACCAAAACCCGCGCGCACCUCGGAUUCGUCGCCGGACAUCUUACCUCCGUUCGUAGGACACAUGCAGGCCAAAAAACGCUACUUAACUCUGUUCUCCGCCGGCGCGUGUCUCAUUCUGGUGUUUUGUUUCGGGGGGAUACAAGUCCCGCUGGCCCGGGGUCCCGGCCGGCGUGAUGACCGCGGCGUCGCCGGGCACCGUCCCGGGGCGCGGUGGCGUCACUUCCCGGGCUCCCUGCAGCCCUUCAGGCGCUGGGAGCAAGACUGGAGCGACGACCCCGAUGAACACGCGUCUCCCAGGGGCAACAGGGACGCGAACUCGGGGCUGUACGGCGGGAAGCGCUGCAGAAUGGACUCCUGCUUCAACUUCACCCUGUGCGAGAAGAAUGGAUUUAAAGUUUACGUGUACCCCCAGCAGAAAGGAGAGAAGAUGUCGGAGAGCUAUCAGAACAUCUUGUCCUCUAUUGAGGGAUCCAUGUUCUACACGCCCGACCCGGGACAGGCGUGCCUGUUUGUCCUGAGUUUGGACACUCUGGACCGGGACCAGCUUUCCCCCCAAUACGUGCACAACCUGAAAGCUAAAGUCCAGAGCCUCCAUCAGUGGAAUGGGGGCAGAAACCACAUCAUCUUCAACUUGUACUCUGGCACCUGGCCGGACUACACAGAAGACCUCGGCCUGGACAUCGGCCUCGCCAUGCUGGCCAAGGCCAGCAUCAGCACCGAGAACUUUAGGCCCGGCUUCGACGUUUCCAUCCCUCUGUUCUCUAAAGAACACCCCAGGACCGGAGGGGAGAGGGGCUACUUGAAACACAACACCAUCCCCCCUUACAGGAAGUACGUGCUCGUUUUCAAGGGGAAGCGCUACCUGACCGGAAUCGGUUCAGACACUAGGAAUGCUUUAUAUCACGUCCAUAACUCUGAGGAUGUGGUCCUCCUGACCACCUGUAAGCACGGGAAGGACUGGCAGAAGCACAAGGAUGCACGCUGCGAUAGAGACAACGCCGAGUAUGACAAGUACGACUACAGAGAGAUGCUGUACAACUCCACCUUCUGCCUGGUACCGCGAGGACGACGACUGGGUUCUUUCCGCUUCCUGGAGGCGUUGCAGGCAGCUUGUGUGCCGGUGAUGCUGAGUAACGGCUGGGAGCUGCCCUUCUCAGAGAUCAUUGACUGGAAUACGGCAGCCGUGAUUGGAGAUGAAAGGCUGCUAUUACAGAUCCCCUCAACAGUGCGCUCCAUUCACCAGGAUAAGAUCCUGUCUCUGAGGCACCAGACCCAGUUCCUCUGGGAGGCUUAUUUCAACUCUGUGGAGAAGAUCGUACUGACCACCCUGGAGAUCAUCCAGGACCGGGUACUGCGGCACACCUCGAGGAGUAACCUCAUGUGGAACAGUCUGCCUGGAGGCCUCUUCACGCUGCCCCAGUACUCGACAUACCUGGGGGACUUCCCCUUCUACUACGCCAAGCUCGGUGUUAAGCCGUAUACCAAGUUCACGGCCAUCGUUCACGUGGUCAGCCCACUGGUCUCCCAGUCCCAGCCGGUCAUGAAGCUCCUCGUGGCUGUGGCCAAAUCCCAGUACUGUGCUCAGGUGAUCGUUGUGUGGAACUGUGACAAGCCUCUUCCUGCCAAGCACCGCUGGCCUGUCACCUCAGUUCCUGUCAUUGUUAUAGAAGGAGAAAACAAGGUGAUAAGCAGUCGUUUCCUGCCCUACGACACGAUUCCCACCGAUGCCGUACUGAGUCUGGACGAGGACACCGUGCUCUCCACCACAGAGGUGGACUUUGCCUUCACGGUGUGGCUUAGUUUCCCAGACCGCAUCGUCGGUUACCCGGCCCGCAGCCACUUCUGGGAUGGCAGCAAGGAGCGGUGGGGCUACACUUCCAAAUGGACCAACGACUACUCCAUGGUGCUGACCGGGGCCGCCAUCUAUCACAAAUACUACCACUAUUUGUACACCACCUACCUUCCCGCCAGUCUGAAGAGCAUGGUGGACCAGAUGUCAAACUGCGAGGACAUCCUGAUGAAUUUCCUGGUGUCCUCUGUGUCUAAACUACCACCCAUCAAGGUCACCCAGAAGAAACAAUACAAGGAGACCAUGAUGGGACAGAGCUCCCGGGCGUCCCGCUGGGCUGACCCGGACCAUUUUGCCCAGCGUCAGACUUGUAUGAACAAGUUUGCCAGCUGGUUUGGCACCAUGCCCCUCGUCCAUUCUCAGAUGAGGCUGGACCCGGUACUGUUCAAAGACCAGGUGUCCAUACUGCGCAAGAAGUACAGGGACAUUGAGAGACUAUAACCCCUCCGAAGCACCCCCAACCCCCCCCCCCCCCCCUCUCUCUGGACACGGCGCAGACGAUAGAGCACAUGGGUUGUGUCCCCCCCCCGAGGAGGACCGGAAACUGGAACAGAUUUCCCCUUACACGAGUACCGCCUGCAUGAGCUCACCAGCAGGCCGCU